GCAGCACCACCUUUGAUCGCGGGGGGAUUUAACCCCAAGCGAACGCUCAGGUCUCAAACUCGGUCAGUCGCUGGAAGUAAAGCCGUUGAGGAUCAUGUCUUCUGUUCAUGGGAAUAUGCGUGUUGGGGAUCUGAAUCAUUUUCAGAUGUACCACGAAGGAGCUCUGCAGAUGAACAGCAUGGGGAACUCAGAUUUUAGAGCAACAGAUGUUACAAACUACUUCAACUCUGCAAGCACUGUACCGAGAGCGGAUAAAUGCGUCGCAAUACUGACCCACAGGAGGAAGAGGACCAACUUCACCCAGCAGCAAAUUGAGGUGCUGGAGAAGGUUUACUCAGACACCAAAUAUCCUGACAUCUACCUACGGGAGAGACUGGAAGCUCUGACCGGGCUACCCGAGUCCAGAAUUCAGGUGUGGUUUCAGAACAGGAGGGCCAAGUCUCGUCGCCAAGUUGGCUCAUCCGUGCCCAUGAAGGUCGCCAAACCGCCAGCAGCUGCUGGUCCCUUCAGCCAACUUCAGAGCAGGAUGGGCCCAGAGAAAGUUUAUGACAGCAGUCAUGGAGCUGAGGCUCACAGGAUAGGAGGUUUUGCCCUUGAGGACAGUUUCAGACCUACAAUGCACCAGAACACAGAGGACGCUCACAGAACCAGUGUACCCACCAAACCCAGCAGCUACGAACACACGUCCAUCUCCUGCAUCUACGACAACAAGGAGGGAACCGGAGCCAAGCCCGAGCAGAUGCAACGGCACGAGCUGAGCGUUAACGUCCCGUGCUGCAACGUCCAUCUGUAUCCCAAAGAGAACGAGCAUCACCCAAAGAUGGACGCAAACAUGAAUGACAACCAGGGUCCAAAGGUUCUGGUGGAAUAUGACAACUUCCCACCCAACAAGACCAUCGGACCAGAGAUGAAAGUCGUGAUUCCUCCCAUCCCGACCCAGAAUAACUUCAGCAGGUCAUCACCAAAGGAUAACGGAUGCCAAGUGCAGUAUCCACGCGUGAUGGCCACAGGGGACAGGUUCAGUCACUUCUCCCCGAUCCACGCCACUGAGGCACAGGACUUUACCGACUCAGACUCCGACUGGGAAACCGAGGCCAUGGCUGGCUUUGGUGGGUUUAUGUGAUGUAUCAUAAGAGCUGAUAUAAAGAAAGCUACCAUGUAUCAUAAGAGUUUGUUUGUGAAAGGAAAAUGUGUAUUUAUUGUAAAUAGUAAUAAAACUGUUGAAAUGAGUUCCAUCUGUUAAUAAAAGACUAAAAAGUAGAAGACCAUUUGCUGCU